UCUCUCCCUCUCUCUCUCUCUCUCUUUCUCUCUGCCCAUUUAAAUCCCUGUGUCCCACACUCAGACCUUCUCACUCAGAAGGCUGAGGCACUUUAUGUACAGAUGAAGAGUAUAUAUUUUAUAUAUAUAUAUAGCAGAUUAUUUAUUUGAUCCAGAUACUCACCAUGACUACAGAAAAUUGUCUGAGCAGCGCACAGAUCAACAAGAUUGACAAUGAAAAGUUGGUAAGACCUAAAGUGCAAUUACAAACCCUGUUAAAAGAUGCAGGGGCAGAUAAGGACGUUUUCACCAUGAAGGAGGUUAUGUUCUACCUGGGCAAGUACAUCAUGAGCAAAGAGUUGUACGACAAGCAGCAGCAGCACAUUGUGCACUGUGGAAACGACGCUCUCGGUGCUGUGCUCGGAGUGACCAGCUUCUCCGUCAAAGAACCACGAGCUUUGUUUGCAAUGAUUUCUAAAAAUCUCAUAGCAGUGAAAAUUCCAGAGUCUCAGUCAACAUUUAGAGAACGUAGAGCUCUAGGCGAAUCUGACCGAGGGCCAGAGGAGACAAACCCGCUAUCAUCUACUUCCACACCACAGCAGCAACAACAGCGCAGGAGACGACGGAGCAGCGAUCCUGCAAACGUCUCCGCUGAGGAGGAAUCCGGCGAACCACGGAAGAGGCACAAAUCAGACAGCAUCUCCCUGACGUUUGACGACAGCCUGUCAUGGUGUGUGAUCGGAGGCCUGCGCAGAGAGAGCGGGAGCAGCGAGUCUUCAGUAUCACACAGCAAUUCGGAUGUAAGUAGAUCUUUCGGUGGUGGGAGCGACGAGAGCGACGAUUCAGACUCCGAUAACUUCAGUGUGGAGUUUGAAGUGGAGUCUAUAGAUUCAGAUGCCUACAGCGAGAACGACGAAGACUCCAUACCUGGAGAGGACGAGGUCUAUGAAGUUACAAUCAUUGCAGAGGACGAGGAUUCAUUUGAUGAAGAUACAGAGAUCACUGAGGAGGACUACUGGAAAUGUGCCGAGUGUGAAGACCUGAACCCUCCGCUCCCACGCCACUGCAAAAGCUGCUGGAAGGUUCGUCCAGGAUGGCUUCCAGAGAUUAGCUGUGUGUCUGAGAACCCCAGCAACGACACGCGCGAUGACGUGCAAACCGACACCACCUGUGACAACACAGACCUUGAAGCCAAAGCACCGUGCGCCGAAUCUCCUACUCAGACCCCCGAGCCGGACGAAGGUAUUGACGUCCCUGACGGCAAGAGCUUGCGUUCACAGAACACUUCCUGCUCAGACUCGCAGGGUUCGUCUGUCUGUUACUCGCUACCAUCCACCUCCUCCAGCCAGGAGGAAACCCCUGAGCUGGAGCGCACCACCAGUUUGAACAGCACAGAGUCAUGUCUACCCACAUCCUGCCUGGAGCCCUGCGUCAUCUGCCAGAGCAGACCCAAGAACGGAUGCAUCGUCCACGGACGCACCGGACACCUCAUGGCCUGCUACACCUGUGCCAAGAAGCUUAAAAAGCGCAACAAGCUUUGCCCCGUGUGCCGGGAGCCCAUUCAGUCCGUCGUCCUUACUUACGUCAGCUGAGGGAGAAACUUAUACGCACGCUGUUUAUUUACCUCACUGACCUUUUUAAUGCUGCAGCGUUCUACGCUCUCACUAGCAAGAGACAAAGCGGCUGUUCGUUCUCGUACCUACUAACACUUUCUAGUGUAAACACAGCUAGUAUAAUUAGCUUGCUUUGCUAAAGUGAUCUAAAUUUGUAGCUGGUGUGAAACAGAAACAGAGCAGAUGUAAAUCAAACAACAGGGAGCUUUAAAAGCUGGAUGUGUUUCCUGCUAGCGUGAAUGCUGGGUAACAUUAAACACACAGAGGCGUCAAAACAACAAUUAUUUUGUUUACAAAUGAUCUAUUUAAAAGUUGAACCUGAAGUAUACAGAGGUGCAAUAAUAAAUAGUCCUCUUAUGAUGCCUCAUAGGCAAAUUAAAGGAGCAGUGUUUAAGCAAGUAAUCACACCGGUGAGAGAAAAAAAAAUCCCUCUUGGCUCAAUCUGGUCAGCUGAAAUUAAACCCGGUCAUCUGUGAGAAAUUAAAAUGUAUUAAAUCAGCAGAACAACAUACUGCUGAACACCAUAUAAACUAUUUAUUGUGUUCCCUGUUGCCAGGGAACUCUUUACUCUCCCACAGAUUUCUCGCAUAUAAACCUGCUCUAGAUUUGCUCUCAGAUCUUUUGGCGUUGUGUGUUUGUUUUUAUUUAAUUUUUAUGAUCAACACCAUGUUGAUUAGGAAGUUUAGGUAUUUUCCAAUUCUAUAUUUUUCGUCUAUUACAAACACACACAGAUUAAAUGUAAAUAGUAUAAUGUUUUUUUUUCUUUUCAAAUCACUAUUUAUAAACUAAAUCUAUAAAUUAUUUAUGAUGUGUUUAAAUUUUCAUAUUUGGGGUGUUUAUUUAGAUUGUUUGUGAUGUAGUUUAAAAGAGUUUAAAGUGCUACAUAAACAGUGCUAUAUGAAGUUGAUUUGGUUACUGACCUGUUUAUAUAUUUUAAUUUAUACUAGUUAAAUAUGGAGCAAUGUUAGUGUGGUUCUUUUGGACACUGAAAUGUUUUGAAGUUCUUAUUUUCACUCGGUUUGUGUGAAAUAAAUUUAGCUCGGUGCUAUUUGCUUAUUAA